CGGAGGGGAAGGCGAGGUCUAUCGAGGAAGGAGGAGGUGGAAAUAUUCCGAGUACAGAGAUGGAUCCACAUUCGAGCAGCGGCGAGCACAUCACGUUCGCCAAGAGGAGGAACUCGCUGAUGAAGAAGGUCAAGGAUCUAUCGCGUCUCUGCGACGCCGAGGUCGGAAUCAUCAUCUUCUCCUGCACUGGACAGCUCUAUGAGUACUCGAGCUCAAGCAUGGACUCGGUCAUCGAACGCUACAACAAUCUGAAGCGCGAACCCGAACCGGAAUUGCAACAGACACCUGUUGAUGCCGAGGUUUUGCAAGAAGAGUUAGCAAACUUGAAUCGUCAACUCCAAGGUCUGCAAGAGUACCACAGGCAACUGAUGGGUGAAGACCUCUCUGGCUUGAGUGUGAAGGAUAUGCAGAAUUUGGAGAACCAACUAGAAAUGAGUUUAUCGACUAUCCGCCUUCAAAAGGAACAGAUUAUGACGGAUCAAAUUAAUGAGCUCCAUCGAAAGAGAAACCUCAUUCAUCAAGAAAAUAUAGAGCUGCAGGAGAAGUGUCAGAUUCACAGGGAAGGGAGUUCCAGUAGUGAGGUCAACAGGUAUCAUGUAUCAUAUGGCAUGAACACCACAGAUGAUACAAAUAUCCCGAUUCCUUCCCCUUCGAGACGGCCCCCUCGUCGAAAUAGGAGCGCGACUCCUCCGGUGACCACGGAAUUGGCGUUACGACUGCCUCGACCAGGCAACUUCAUUAAUCCAGAUGACAAUGGUUAGCCGACUGGUCUUCCUCAAAUUUAAAGCACUGACUGCUGCAAGUUUUGAUGCGAGAAAGCAGGCUUCAAUUGCACUUCAACAGCCAGACAAAAGCUAAAGCUU